AUGCCACCGAAAGGGAAGAAGGGCCAGGACAAGGGCAAAUCCGGCGAGGAAGAUCGCGACGAGCCGCUGCAGGCUGUAAUACUCGCAGACCCGUUCGAGACACGCUUCAAUCCCUUUACCCUCGAGCGCCCGAGGUGUUUGCUGCCCCUCGCAAAUACCCCGCUCAUCGAAUACACCUUCGAGUUUCUCGCCAACGCCGGCGUCGAGGAAGUCUUUGUAUACUGCGGCGCACACAGAGAACAGGUCGAAGAGUACAUUACACGUUCGAAAUGGUCGGCACAAUCCUCGCCCUUCUCCAAGCUGGAGCUCAUCCAGUCGACAUCACAUUCAAUCGGUGACGCUAUGCGAGAUUUGGACAGCAGGAGCUUACUGGUCGGCGACUUUCUCUUGGUCUACGGAGACGUAGUCAGCAACCUGCCGUUGGAAUCUGCUUUGGCUGCGCACAGGGCGCGGAGGGCAAAGGACAAAAAUGCCAUCAUGACCAUGGUACUGCGUGAGGCUGGAAAUACGCAUAGGACAAAGGCCCGAGGUACCUCACCGGUGUUCGUCAUUGACCCGACCAAAGACAGGUGUCUGCACUUUGAACAAAUGCCCAACCGAGAUCAAACGCACUACCUCUCCAUCGAUCCCGAGCUACUGUGUUUGCACGACGAGCUCGAAGUACGACAGGACUUGAUCGACUGCGGCAUCGACAUUUGCACACCAGAAGUCCUGGCACUAUGGAGCGAUAACUUCGACUUCCAGGCACCACGGAAAGGGUUUCUACACAGUGUAUUGAAGGAUUACGAACUCAACGGCAAGACCUUUCACACCCAUAUCGUCGCCAAUCACUACGCAGCACGUGUUCGAAAUCUACACGCGUACGACGCUGUGAGCAAAGAUAUUGUGUCGCGUUGGGCAUAUCCACUAUGUCCUGACAGCAAUUUAGUCCAGGGCCAGUCAUAUCGGUUACAGAAAGGCAACAUCUACAAGGAAGAGGGCGUCAUACUAGCACGAGACUGCGUUAUUGGUUCGAAGACUGUCAUAGGACGAGGCACCAGUGUUGGCUCACAGACUGUUAUUACCAACAGCAUCAUUGGCCGACACUGCCAAAUCGGCCGAAACGUGAGGAUCGAUGGUGCAUACCUAUGGGACAAUGCUAGCAUAGGCGAUGGGAGCAUAAUAUCAAAAUCAGUCAUCGCGAAUGAAGCUACCAUAGGACGCAAGUGUACAGUGGAGGCUGGCGCGUUGAUCUCGUAUGGGGUUGGCAUCAGCGAGGGCAUGACCAUCCAAGGAGAACACCGAAUCACAAGAACAAAACGGGGACGGGAUCGCGAUGGAGAGCUCAUAAGAGGAGACGCAGACCCUGCCAUAGUAGGACCAACAGGCAGCGGGUUCGAAUUUCAGGACUCCGAAGAGGAAGAUGAGGACGAACUGGUUGACGGUCUUGUCUCGCGUGGGCAGAUCUACAAUCUCUCCAACGAUUCGAUAUCGACAUUGAACUCUGAACCGGAAGCUGAUGGCUUCGAAAUAAGGCACGACAGAUCAGCGACCAGCAGCUUCUUAUCUGUUGGAUCCGCAGACAGCCAGCACGCGGCCAACUUUGACCACGAUGCCUCGGCGAGCAUAUACGAUUCGCUUGUUGAGGGUCACGAGUCUGCGAACAUCCAGCUGGAGCUCACAGCACUGCGCAUGAGCACCAACGCAUCAGAUCACCAAGUUCGUCGUGCCGUGGUGACGUCUUUUGUGAAACGCAUCAUACAACUCAUCAAGUCUGGAUCAGCAGUCAAACAAGCAGUCGCGCAAGUCUUUGGGCAACACAAGGAACUCAUUGACCGGUCGAUAUUCGACAAGAAUGCAUCCGAGAAGGCCGAUCAGGUCGACUUUAUGCUCCUCCUUCAAGCAGAUCUGGGUCAUAAGGAGAAUGGGGACACGAUCCUGCUAAGUGCUGCAACAAAGCUGGUGGAGCUGGACUGCGUCGAAGAAGAGGGUAUGAUUCAGUGGUGGGAGGAUGAGAAGAGCAGGGAGAACGAGGAGAUGGAGAAGGUGCGAGAAAAGACGAGGUCGUUGAUUGAGUUCCUGCAGCAAGAUAGUGAGGAGGACGAAGAUGAGGACGAGGAGAGCGAGGAAGAAGAGUCGGAUUAG